AUGGAUAUAUAAAAUUAGAAAAGAAAGAGCAAAUUUUCAUUCUCUCGAGCUCCUACUAAUGAAAAUUCUGGUGCUUUGCAAUAAUUGAAAAAUAGGUUCAAAGGACAAAUGCUCUAAUUAAUUAAUAAAAAUGAGAAUAAGGAUUAAGAUAAGUAAAUUUAAGAGUUUUUGAUUCGAAUAAACGUUGAAUUAGAGGAGGAAGAUCUCAAAUAUAUAAAAUUUGAUAUGAGCUUGUAUCAUGAAAAUUAUAUUGAUGGUGAAAUAUUGGGAGAAGGAUGUAUUGGGUUAGUAAGAAGUGUUACAAGAAAAUAAGAUGGGUGUGAAUUUGCAUGUAAAAUUGUAAAGACAGAUGCUGAAGAGAUUGUGAAAAAUAUGAUUUUAGAAUUUAAGAAUCUUAAAAAAUUAAGUCAUCCUCACAUUGUUGCUAUGAAGGAACUGUUCAUACAAUGGAAUGAAGGUUUCCAGAGCACAGGAACAGUUUUAGUAAUAAUGGAAAAGGUGAAGGGUAGAGAAAUGUUUGAGGUAAUACAAAAGUAAAAGAAUUAUAGUGAGUGGACUGCAAGAAUAUUAUUUGAGUAAAUCUUGGUGGCGAUAAAAUAUAUGCAUGAUAAUUAUUGUUGUCAUAGAGAUUUGAAACCAAAUAACAUUCUAUGUGCAGAGGAUGGUACUUCAAUUAAGAUUACAGACUUUAAUGUUUCAAAAUUUACUGACGGCUAUAAAGAAUUCACUAAUCUCAACGACCAUGGUAAAAUCGAAAUGUGGACAUACACAGGUACUGUUGCAUUUUCUGCUCCUGAAAUAUUCUCAGGGGGAUUGUACAAUGAAUAAGUUGAUCUGUGGAGUGCAGGAGUAAUAUUGUAUGUGAUGUUAAGUGGUGAAUUACCGUUCAAUUCAGAUUAUCUAAAUGAUCUUAUUGAUUAAAUUUCAAAAUGCAAAUACUAAAUGGUUGGUCCAAUUUGGGAUUAAAUUUCACCUUAAGCCAAAGAUUUAAUAUAAAAUUUGCUAUAAUUAGAUCCACUUCAAAGAUUAACACCUGAAUAAGCUCUAGAUCAUCCAUGGAUUAAAAAUGUACAAAACAAAUCAGAGAUUCCAAGGGAUACUUUGGAAAAAAACAUGGCACGAUUCUUAAAUCAAAAAACAAAUAAUGAAUCAGAAUUAAGCGCCAAGAAGAUUAAAUAAAUCUGUUUCUUAUUUGGAGCUGGAGAGAUUUGGAAACGUCACUCUUUGAAAAAUUCAUCAGUUUCCAAAAUUUCUGAGGAUCUCAAGAAAUUUAAAUCUAUUGAUAUUUCAACAUAUAAAAAGGAAAUACAAGUGACAAAGGAUUAAAAUUCGAAUCAUGUAUAUCAUAUAGAUUAUCCAUUUAGUGAUGAUUCAGAUUGA